AAGAGUAUUGGAUACAGACGCCCACGCCUAUCCAUCAAUAUAUAUCCAACUUCUCUCCCAUUAACUUUGUUCUUCUGUUCCAUUUUCGUUCUGACUUCGCAAUUCGUAUCGGUUUUAAGUAAAUACAAUGGGAGGUGGUAAAGACAAGCAUCAUGAUGAGCAAGACAAAGGAUUUCAUUUCCCAGGAGGAGGACAUCAUUACCCACCCGGUCAAGGUGGUUACCCGCCACAAGGUUACCCACCACAAGGGUAUCCUCCAGCUGGUGGCUAUCCGCCUGCUGGAUACCCUCCUGGUGCAUACCCUCCCGCACAAGGUGGUUAUCCUCCCGCACCAGGAGGUUACCCUCCUGCAGGCUAUCCUGCACCUGGAGCUCACCAUUCAGGACAUUCUGGUGGUGGACUUGGAGGCAUGAUAGCUGGAGCAGCUGGUGCAGCCGCAGCAGCCUAUGGAGCUCACCACAUUGGUCAUGCAUCUCACAACCCUUAUGGGCAUGCAGGGCAUGUAGGACAUGGUGGGUAUGGCCAUGGACCUGCUCAUGGCUUUGGUCAUGGUCAUGGUAAGUUCAAGCACGGAAAGCAUGGAGGCAAAUUCAAGCAUGGAAAGCAUGGAAAGCACGGGAAACAUGGUAUGUUCGGAGGAGGAGGCAAAUUCAAGAAGUGGAAGUAAUCUACAAAAAAAACCCUAUGGUUCUCUCCUCCAGUAUAGUCUUAUAUUACCUGACCGAUGUUUCUAAUAAUCCCCCUUCAAACAUAUUACAUUUUAACUAUGUCGGUUUAGAGAUUGCUGGUCGAGGAAAUAAUUGGAGAGUGCUAGUAUAAACCUUAUGGUCUCUGCAGAAGAGGUUUCUUUAAAAUCUCAAUAGCAGAUGCUUUAAAACUAUCUAUAAUUUGGUAUUGUAAUGACAGUUUGUGUUUGGUUUUGGAUUCUUCUUUUCUUAAAUGUCUCUUAUGCUCGAUAA